UCGAGAUCGGACCUCACUCGGUCACCAUUCGAUUUCAUCGGUACAACUUGUUUCCUUUUCAUCGUCAAAAUUAUCGAACGAAAUUUUAUCUUCCGGAGUGGAAAACGAUGACUUCUACAUCAAUUAACGACAACGUCAUCGAGAUCCGGAAGUUGAACCAAUAUCUUGGAGCCUUCGUUGCUUCCCUUGGUGGUUUCGCCCUUGGCGCGGCCCUUGGUUGGAAUUCCAGCGCUGGUGUGGUGUUCAGGAACCACCUGCACGCCAGCGCAACCGAAAUUGGACUGAUAGGAGGGAUCUUGAACGCUGGAGCCUGUGUCGGAGCGAUCCUGGUGCCAUUUCUUGUUGGAAAAAUUAAUAAAACUACCCUUAUGUUCUACAUGAUGCCUGUUUUUGUCGUUGGAUGGACCCUAAUUUGCAUAGCUGGUCAUAAAGUCAUGAUGCUCAUAAUUGGUCGAAUAAUCUGUGGAAUUUGUGCUGGUGUGUUUUGUGUUCUGACACCAAUCUAUGUAGCUGAAAUAGCCAGUAAAGAGAUUCGAGGACGACUGCUCGCUAUGUUUCAAGUUCUCAUUAAUUGUGGUGUUAUGUAUGCUUUCAUUGUGGCUCAUAUAAUUGAAGAAAAUGAAACUAUAUGGAGGUACAGCUCAAUUUGCGGUCUCGCGUGCCUCUCGAUUGUCCCAGUGAAAUUGUUACCUGAAACACCCGUCUACCAUUUGUCGAGAAACGACGAGAUCAAUGCAGAAAAAUCCUUGAGAUGGUAUCGCGGUAACACUUACGAUGUCCAGCACGAAAUCAACGAAACGAAGUGGCUGAUUCUGUCGACUCGCUCGAAAAUGAUCAGUCUAAAGCUGAUAAGGAAUCGUCGCGUUCUACGCUCGAUCAUGAGCUGUGUAGGUGUGAUCAUCGGUCAGUAUUUGUGCGGGGUCAAUAUGAUGAUUUUCUACGCUCUGACGUUGUUCGACACCACGGGUUCCGGUGAACUGACCGGAAGCGAACAGACGUUGGUCGUCGGUGCCGUUCAAAUAUUGGCAUCCCUCUUGGCCACGUUUCUCGUCGAUAUACUUGGACGUCGAAUCCUCCUCACUCUCUCUACAAUUCUCAUGGGUGUGUUCCUGAUACUGUUAGGUUGGUUCUUCAGUCUACGAGAGACAGAUCCCGAAUACGACGACAUCUACUAUUGGAUGUCACCGACUUGGAUCAGUCUCUUCUUCGCCGCCUUCAACUUGGGUUUAGGUCCAAUCUCAUGGUCCCUCUUAGGCGACACAUUACCGAUGGAAGUGAAAACCCCGGUCGCAUCCAUUGCAGUGGCACUGGGCUGGUCAAUCUCGCUGAUGGCCACCCUAACCUUCGACGAGAUAUUUAUUUCCCUAGGUGGAACGAAGGUGAUGUGGCUAUCGGCGGCUAUAUGUUGGCUCCUCUCAUUGUUCUGCGCUAUCUUGCUGAUGGACACCACUGGAAAGAGCCUGACAGAGGUCCAACGAUAUCUGGCCACGGAAUCCAACAGAGACUCGGAGGAGACCUGAUGGUUCCCACUCGACUUCGAAGGAUAAUCAGAAUUCUCUUGAUACGACCUGCUGUUCUUUUUUCUCUACUUUCAUCGAAGAAAAUGAUCCGAACGUUUUCCGAACGUUCGGUCGAUCUGUUUUUCUUUUAUACCAAGCGUGUGUACCUUAAAUGUUGAUAGUCAACCGAGAAGGUCGACGCUUAGAGACGAUGUAUUAUACUUUGUAGAUGUUUGUUUACCGAAUGUGUUGUGCAAUGUUUACGAUAGACUCGUGUCUGGUGUAACGCGAUGCUUUUAUUGAUUGGUGCGCCUAGUCUAGGAUUGAUCCUUCGUUGAAUUUUCUGUAAAUAAAUUUAACGUUCUUCUGUUAAGCUUUUCAUUUUGUAAAU